AUGUCUGUCUUCUCGGUAACGCCUAAGGACGGGAAUCCAGUCACUCCCGAAGUGCUCGACGAAGUAUGCGCGUCGCUCAAGAUUACACUUAAAGAUGAAGAGAAGGAAGAUUACCGAAAGCUGCUCGCUGUAUUCCAUGAGUCGGCUGAAGAAUUGAUGGCGAUUCCAGAUUACGAGCCGGAAACAGAUCUGGAGCGAUUCCCGAGAGAAAAUGUGCAUUUUCCGGAAAAGGCGGAUAAUGAGUACGGAGCGUGGGCCUGGAAAGUGCAUAUCGAAGACAGAGCGCCGAAGAGCUUGAAUGGGCUACUGGCUGGCAAGAAGAUAGCGCUGAAGGAUAACAUCGCGGUUAAGGACGUCCCGAUGCUGCUGGGGACUGCGUUCGUGAAGGGCUAUGUACCAAAAACCGACGCAACCGUCGUCACACGAGUGCUGGAAGCUGGCGGCACUAUAGAAGGCAAGGCAGUCUGCGAGAACCUUUGCCACAGCGCGACAUCCCACUCCGCAGCUACAGGAGCAGUCGAGAACCCACGAGCAAAAGGCUACUCCUCUGGUGGCAGUUCGUCCGGCUGUGGGGUCCUAGUAGCACUGGGCGAAGUGGAUAUGGCUAUAGGCGCGGAUCAAGGAGGCAGCGUCCGGAUCCCGUCAUGUAACUGCGGAAUUGUAGGCUUCAAACCGACCUUUGGCCUGAUUCCAUAUACUGCCUGUGGCUCCAACGAACCCACGAAUGACCAUUUGGGUCCGAUGACCAAGACGGUGCUCGAUAAUGCUCUUCUUCUGCAAGCCAUCGCAGGUUCUGACAACAUCGACGACCGGGGUUUUGCGGCUCCUGCUCCAGAUGCGAUACCCCGGUACUACGAAAACUUGAAGAAGCUAGAGUCGCCCAAGAAUCUUUCCAGCUUCAAGAUUGGAGUCAUAUCCGAGGGCUUGAUCGGGGCGGUAGUCGAUACUAGAGUCAAAGAGACGUUCUUGAAAGCGGCGGAGGGAUUCCGGAAAUUCGGAGCGACGGUCGAAGAAGUCAGUGUCCCGAUGCAUAAGAAGGGUCCAGCGAUAUGGACUGGUGUGAGCAAAGUCGGCGGAUAUCUAAAUAAGACGAGCGGAGCGUAUGGCAGGAGGGGCCAUCAGAUGUGGGAUCUGGUUGCGCUGAUGCAUCCCCUGAAGCAGGAGAACUGGGACGAUGCCUAUGUCUCGACGAAGAACAUCUACCUCAACGGCGCAUAUGCCGCAAUAGCGUUCCCAUAUCUCCUCGCCAAAGCUACGAAUCUCUCCCGCCAGCUACGCGCUGCCUAUGAUGCCGCUCUCGAAAAGUACGACGUGCUCGUCAUGCCGACGUUGCCGUAUAUCGCUACUUCGCAUUCCGCUCCUGAUGCAACGCCCCUAGAGCAGAUUGCAAAGCAGGUUGGUCUGACCAGCAAUACAUGCCAGUUCAACCAGACCGGCCAUCCUGCCUUGACGAUGCCGGUGGGGCUGUUGGAGAUCGAGGAGGGGCCGCUUGCGGGAUCGGGCGUAAAGCUACCGGUGGGACUACAGAUCGUUGGUAGGUGGUGGGCGGAGGAGACGGUACUGAGAGCUGCCUAUGCGUGGGAAUUGAGCAACGAGUGGGAGGCCAUGUAG